AUGGAAGAUGCAUUGUCUUUUCAGUUUACUCAUCCACUUUACAAUGUAAUGAUAUAUGAAAAUUCAGCCGCAAAAACCUUUGCUGAAUGCCCCAUAAAAAUGGGUAUUUUUAUGACAAACCAGUCUUGGGACAUUUGGUACAUAAUAGAAUCCGGGGACCAUGAUAAUUUAUUUAAAGCUGAGAAGUAUGUUUUGGGUAAUUUUUGUUUCCUGCGAAUAAGAACCAAAGGAGGGAAUUCUGCCACUCUCAAUAGGGAAGUAAAAGACCACUAUAUGCUGACUGUAAAUGCUAUUGAAAGAUAUACUGGUGCUGAAACUCAAACACAAGUUAAAGUGCAAGUUCUGGACACGAAUGAUCUCAGACCGCUUUUCUCACCGACUACAUAUAGUUUUUUUGUACCCGAAAACUCAGCCAUCAGAACAAGCGUAGGCAGAGUUUUCGCCACAGACGCUGACACAGGCACUAAUGGAGAGUACUAUUUCAGCUUCAAAGAGUGGACUGACAUGUUCUCCAUUCAUCCUACUAGCGGGGUUAUAACUCUGACAGGCAAGCUGGAUUACUCUGAGGUGGCUCUUUAUGAGAUUGAUGUGUUGGCUGUGGACAGAGGUCUGAAGCUCUAUGGGAGUAGCAGCAGCAGUAGCACAGCAAAGCUAAAGGUGCACGUGCUGCAGGCCAAUGAACAUGCACCUGUCAUCACAGCUGUCCCCUUAACUCCAUGGAAUGCAACCAGUGAUCCCACUUAUGCGUAUGUGACUGUGGAGGACGCCGAUGAAGGGCACAAUGGCGAGAUUGCCUCUUUGAGCAUCGUAGCUGGAGAUCCACUCCAGCAGUUCAAGGCCUUCAGAACAAACCCUGGGAGCAAAGAAUACAAAAUCAAGGCCAUCAAAGACGUGGAAUGGGAGGGUUAUAGAUUUGGGUGCAAUCUUACAUUGCAGGCCAAAGAUAGGGGGAAUCCUCCAAAGUUUUCCUCAGCGAUAGUUGUGAGAGUGAGAUCGCCCGGCGAAUACACAGAAACUCCUACAUUUGAGAAGAGCGUCUACAGAGUUACUCUCAGUGAGUUUGCACCUCCUCACUCUCCUGUAGUUAUGGUCAAAACUGUACAGAAACAUUCAAAGAUUAACUACUUGUUACAAUUUAAGAUGCAACAACAUGAGAAUCCAUUUGUCAUUAAUCCAAACACGGGUCUUAUCACCACCGUGGCGCCCGUAAAAGCAGAAAGUGUCAGUCAAUAUGAAUUUGAUGUUGUUACGAGUGACAGACGAGCAGUGGCCAAGGUGGUCGUCAGUAUAAGCGAUGUGAACAACAAUGCACCAGUGUUUCAAAAGUCUAAUUAUGAAGCCAGUAUCGCUGAACACGUGCCUAUUGGGACCAGUGUCUUGACAGUCAGUGCUACCGACAAAGACGACGGCGAAAAUGGCUAUGUCACCUACAGUAUUGUCAAUGUGAACAAACAGCCUUUUGUAGUGGAUUAUUUCACCGGUGUAAUAAGCACAGCAGAGGAUCUAGAUUAUGAGACGAUGAAGAGAAAAUUCUCCCUAAAGAUUCGGGCGUCAGACUGGGGAUCCCCUUUCCGCCGUGAGGCAGAGACUGUUGUUUCAAUCACUCUCACCAACCUGAACGAUAAUAAGCCACACUUCGAGAAUAUAGAUUGUGAUGUUACUGUGCCAAGAUCUCUAGGGGUCGGUGAACAAAUAAUAGUGGUGUCUGCCAUCGACGCUGAUGAUCUUGGCAUAGUGCAGUACAGAAUUGACAGUGGUAAUAACAUGAAUCUUUUCGAAUUGGAUUCCAGCUCAGGGGUGCUGACACUUAAAAAGUCGCUGAGCGAUGGCAAUGCAGCCAAACAGUCUUUCCACCGCCUGCAAAUAACUGCCAGCGAUGGAGAAAUAUCAAGUAACCCCAUGUUCCUAAAUCUAACAGUAGUUAGUGCUUUUAAACAUGUCCGUUCCAAAUGUGCAGAGACUGGAGUUCUGAGAACUUUAGCCGGGAUGCUGCUUUUUGGCUCUAAACGACACAGUCAGAAAGAAGCAGAAGAUGAAUUCGCAGACAUCCAUUCUGUUAACCACCACACUCCACGGUUUAUAGAGUCCACUCCAACUGUAAUAGAAGUUAAAGAGGACCUUCCUGUAGGGACAAGCGUAGCACUCCUCAGAGCUGCCGAUUCAGACUCAGGCUUCAAUGGGAAAUUGCUUUUUGUGAUCUCAGGGGGAGAUUUUGAUAGUUGUUUCAUGAUAGAAUCUGACACAGGCUGGCUUAAAGUUUUCCAGCCACUUGAUCGAGAAACAACAGACGACUACACUCUCAACAUCACCGUUUAUGACCUUGGCUCACCGCAGAAAUCCUCAUCUCACAUGGUAAAUGUUAAAAUUUUAGACGUAAAUGACAACAGUCCAGAGUUCCUUCAGUUGGAGUAUUCAGUGGAUAUAAGGGAAGACACUGCUAUGGCGACAGACAUCAUUCAGCUUGAAGCGAAAGAUAAAGAUUUAGGGGUCAAUGGAAUGACUCUUGAUUUCGAAACAAGACAAGUAUAUAAUCUGACAGCAAAGGCCAAAGACAGAGGCAAGCUGAAGCCUUUAUCCUCAUCCUGCUUCAUUCAUGUGGAGAUUGAGGAUGUCAAUGAGAACUUGUACCGCCCGUCCUUCCCAUUCUUUGUGGACUGGGGAGCUGUGAGUGAGGACGCCCCAGCUGGCACUUCUGUUCUGAAAGUUACAGCUCAUGAUGAGGACAGCGGCAGGGAUGGAGAAGUUCGCUACUCCAUACGAGGAGGUUCAGGCCUUGGUGUGUUCACCAUUGAUGAAGACAGCGGCAUUAUAAGGACACAAGAGAUCCUUGAUCGUGAGACUUCGAAUCAUUACUGGCUCACAAUCUAUGCAACCGAUCAAGGAAUUGUGCCUCUUUCCUCAUUUGUGGAGGUCUACAUCGAGGUUCAAGAUGUUAAUGAUAAUGCUCCACUGACAUCAGAGCCUUUGUACUAUUCUUCUGUAUCUGAGAACUCUCCCAAAGACGUCUCUGUCAUCCAGAUCCAAGCAUUUGACCUGGACACAAAAUCAAGCGAUAAUCUCUCAUAUAAAAUAACCAGUGGAAAUCCACAGGGAUUUUUUGUCAUUAACACCCAGACAGGGUUGGUGACAACAACAUCUCGGAAACUGGACAGGGAAAAGCAAGCGGAGCAUCUUCUUGAAAUCACUGUUUCGGAUGAUGGCAGCCCAUCCAAGUCUACAGUGGUUCGUGUUAUAGUCAGCGUAUUGGACGAAAAUGACAACAGUCCCCAGUUUUUGGAAAAGAGCUUUAAAAUCAAGCUUGUGGAACGAACAGAGGCAGUCGAAUGGGAGCCAAUUUAUCGAGUGAUUGCUUAUGACAGAGAUGAGAGUCCCUCCUCUGAUAUCUCUUACACAAUCGAGGAGGGUGAAGAGCACGGGAAAUUCUUCAUUGAUCCCACAACUGGGUUUGUGUACUCCAAAGAGGUUUUUUCAGCGGGGGAGUAUCAUAUUCUCACGAUUAAAGCAUCAGACAGUGGAAGGCCUUCAAAGUCGUCCAUCUGUCGGUUGCACAUUGAGUGGAUUCCAAAGCCUAAGCUGGCUAAACAACCGCUGGCGUUUGAGGAGAUUCCACUCUCAUUCUCUGUGAUGGAGAAUGAUCCAGUAGCCCAUAUGGUGGGAGUCAUCAGCGCUCAGCCACUUGAGUCCCCUGUAUGGUUUAAAAUCAAAGGUAAAGAUCUAAAGCUCUACAAUCAGCCUUAA